CUUAUAUCGGCGGAGAAUAGCGAGAUAUUUUUUUGAAAACUAAUUAUUAAGGAUUGACUUAACUGAUGUAAUCCUGAUUUUUUUCCCUUACAACUAAAGAAGGGACGAUCAAGUUUUUAAUUUGGAAAAAAGACCAAGAAAUGCUUUAAUUUGUCUUUUUCUUGACGUGUGCCAAAUGCAUCAUCGAUUUCUCGAAAUCACUUGCUUUUAAAUAUCGGAUAUAGUUAUAUGUGACAAAGGUUUUUGAAAUACUUGCACAUGAAAUAAUACAGGAUGACUACUGUAUUAUUGAAUAUUGGUGGUUCCAUAUUUCAAACAACCUUCGAAACUCUGGAAAAAAUUCCAAGUACAAAACUUAGUUUUCUCAAGCAAGAUUUUUCCGUCAAAUCUUCCCCAGCUUCUUUCUAUUUCGACAGAAACCCAGAUGUUUUCAAUUACAUUUUGGAUCUCUACAGAACAGGAGAACUUCAUUUUCCUUCCAACAUUUGCGGAGCUACUAUAAGAAACGAACUGGAAUUUUGGGAAAUUGACAAAUGCUAUUUAAGUGAAUGUUGUUUAAAGGCCUUCUACAAACAUGAAAGUGACAUGAGUAUUUUGAAGGAAAUCAAAAAUCUUGAAAAAUAUAAAGUACUAGAUGUCCCUAUAGAGGAAUGUCGCAAGGGGUGUUGGCGAAACUGCAUCUGGAAAACUGUACAAUAUCCUGCCUCAUCUCGACGAGCUAGCCUGUUCAACAUCUUCUACCUAUUAGUGGUUGUCCUCUCCACAUCGCUCUUGUUCUUAAACACCCUCCCAGAUCUGCGGAGGCCCAAAUCGGACCACUUCAAUGAAACUUCAGCGGUGGAAAAAGAGCACAUUUAUACCAAAACAACAGCUGCGCCGCCAGUUUUCUACGUAGAUCUAUUCUGUGGCAUAUUCUUUACGCUUGAAUAUAUCACGCGUAUUGUUGUAACGCCGAUAAAAUGGAGGAAGUUUUUUUGCACGUCACUUAAUAUUGUUGAUGGAGUUGCUAUUUUAUCAUUUUGGGUUUUAUGUUCUUUAAUAAUUCAUCAACCAGACUUCAUUGACGACAAAGCAUUCUCCUAUGUAAUCAUGAUCCUAUAUUCCGCGCGUCUUCUUCAAUUAUGCCGUUUCUAUAGAUUCCUCAAUAGAUUCAAAAGUUUUGACGUUAUAAACCUGGCUGUUCGGGCUAGUAUUUGUCAAUUUGGAAUUCUGAUAGCUGUAUUUAUUCUUUCAAAUUUAUUUUUCGGUUACUUGAUUUAUUAUGUUGAGUUCGAAGACAAAAACUCGUUCAAUAAUGCUUUCAUUGGGGUUUGGUGGGCUGUUGUUACCAUGACGACGGUAGGAUAUGGUGACGUAGUGCCCACAUGCUAUCUUGGACGUGUCGUAGGUAUGGUAUGCGCAUUGACAGGGAUUCUUAUUCUUGCUAUGCCAGUAGCCAUUGUGACUUCAAAUUUUACUAUUUAUUACAACAAACUAAAGGAAUAUACAAAUCAUAAACACAAAAAGGAAAGAAAAAAUGAAACUAGGUUUAAUCUUAAAAAAGCAAAAGAAAAUGGCUCUGUUUCCCCAGUGUCCGUCUUAACUGUAGAAACAAUAGUAUCACACACCCAUCAUCAAAACGGAUCUAAAUCCUGAGAACACAAAAUUGCUAUAUUGUUUUGAUUGAAACUUUAAAUUAAUUUAUUUUAGAAUUGCUCCAAUUCAUAUGAUACUAGUAUAUGCCUAUAAAAGACAAUCAAAAUUUCUGUUAAAGUUUAUUUUCUCAACAAAAAAAAAAUAAUAAUAAAUAAGU